GUUUUUUAUGGUGUUAACGAAACGAAAACUCGUGAAGUUUUAUUUUAUUUCAAAAGAAGCCUUUAGGGUAGUCAGACAGUACAGAGUUCUGCAUUAUAGAAGGUCUAUCAAUUUUUAUCACAGAAAAAGUUAAUAUAGAAAAUAAUUGGUCCUUUAUUACAUGUAGAUUUUAAUUUAUUCAAUCUUUUCAGUUCGUUGUGAAAUAUUUUUUUUUAUCUGAAUAACAGCAAUAUUAUGGCUUCGGUAGUAAGUCUUUGUGAAAAUCUUUGUGAAGAAUUGCCUGAUUUCAAGAGUUUUUUCAUAAAUGUUGUAGUCCGUAAUCAAAAUUUGGUGGCUCUGAAAGAACUGGAACAAAAUCCCUCAAUCUGUAAGAAAAUCGUUGGCUUGUAUAUAAAUUCGGGCCUAAAAAAAAGCCAAGGAAUCCUUGAAUUACUUGAGAAAUUGGUAAAUCUUAAAAUUAUUUCCUUCCUUGGCAUUGGUAUUGAUUGUGUUGACACUAAAUGGGCUAAAUCGCGUGGCAUUAGGAUUGGUCAUAGCAUCCAAGAUGGAGUAGCUGCCGCAAAUUUUGGAAUGGCACUAUUAUUGGCAAUGUCAAGAAAAAUAGUUCAGUGUGCUGAAUAUUUUCCAAAGACAUUGAAAACAAGUUUGUAUCCACCAGAACUUCUGGCACAUGACGUCACAGGAAAUUCGAUUGGAAUAAUUGGAAUGGGAACCAUUGGCUACAAGCUGGCAAUCAGAGCUCAUGCUUUUGAAAUGAAGGUGUUGUAUCAUCAAAGGAGGCAAAGGUCCGAAGAAGAGGAAGCAAAAGUAGACGCUCAGUUUUAUAGUAGCUUGAUGGACAUGUUACCAUUGUGUGACUAUGUUGUGAUUACCUGUGCUUUGACACCACAAACAUAUCAUUUGAUUGAUCACAAGGAACUGGACGUAAUGAAGAAGACUGCAACUUUAAUCAAUAUUGCCAGAGGAGACAUCAUUGACCAAAGUGCUCUUGUUGAUGCAUUGGAAUCAGGAAGGAUUGCAGGAGCCGCCCUGGACGUCACUACACCCGAACCCUUGCCAGUAGACCACAAGCUUUACAACUUCCCAAAUGUUAUCAUUACACCACACUGUGCCACAAACACAACUGAGGCGAUGAAAGAAUUACGCGAGACAGCUUUCAAAAACAUGGAGCUAGGUCUCCGUGGAGAGCCAAUGUUGUCUGAGGUGAAGCUAGAUUAGAAUCAGAAAAAUCUUGAUCAACUAGGAACACCUACAUAAUGAUGGUUUUAAAUACAAUAAAGAAGACGAAUAACAACAACAAAGACGGCAACGUAGCCAAUGACAACAUCGACAACAUCAAUAAAAAUCAAUUAAUCACUGAAAUAAAGUUAAUAAUGAAU